AUGAGUAUGAAGAAACAACUUCCAAAUAUCAUCAUAUGUGGAACACCUGGUGUAGGUAAAUCUGAUCUGGGCCAGCAGUUACGUUCAUCGAAUAAAUCACUUAAAUAUAUAAAUAUAAAUGAUCUAGCUAAACAGAAUAAAUUCACUGUUGAAUAUGAUGAAGAAAAUCAAUGUGAGAUUCUCGAUGAUGAUGCUAUUAAUGAUUAUCUUGAUGAAAAAUAUUUUCAAAAAUUAACUCCAUCCGGUCUCGUUAUUGAUUAUCAUAGCGCAGGUAUAAUACCUGAUAAUAAUCAGAUACAUGGUAUAUUUGUUUUACGGUGUAAUGGUGAUAAAUUAAAUGAACGAUUGAAAACUCGAAAUUAUUCAGAGAAAAAAAUUGAACAAAUCAUUCAAUCGGAAAAUUUUCAAGUAUGUCUUCAUGAAGCUUGUGAAGUUUUCGAUGAAUCGAUGGUUCAUGAACUUGCCAAUGAAACCGAAAGUGAUGCAAAAAAGAACCUCCAAUAUUUAUUAAAUUGGAUUGAUCGAUGGCCAUUAACUGAUAAUAUGGAUUAG